CACGACGUAAACGCCCUUCGCGCGCGACCGCAGGCCGGCUACGCAUGCGUGCAGGAGAAGCGCCCCGUUUCCGGCGGCUGCGUCUUCCGCCGCUGCACUAAAAAUGGCGGCUGGGGUUGGUAACGGUUGCUUCCGACGCGGGCUGGAGUGAUCUGCGGCGCUGCCGAGGGCCCAGUGUGGUCGACGUUCGUCAAGCAAACACUGCGGGCGGUGUUUGAAGAUGGCCCAGAACUCGGUGUCGCUGUCGGCCGGCGAUCAAGCCGACAGGGUGGCCUACCGGUCCUCCCAAGGAGAUCUCAGCCCGUCUGCAUUGGCGUGGGCGAUGGUCUCCGGAGACAGCCUCCUGGUUACUAGUGUUGAUCCGAAUCAGCCAGGAGGACCUCGGCCGCCAGCGCGACCCAGCGUUCGGACCGACAGACGUCGAAUGCCCGUUGGUGGCUGCAGCCGUAGCCGAAGCCGCCAAGGCAGAUUCUCGCCUUACCCGAUCCCUGGCGUCAAGCUGGACCUCUUAAGAAGUGUGCUGCAGCAGCGUCUGGUUGCGUUGGGAAAUGCCCUCGCAGCCCGGAUCUCAGCGUAGAACGAGUGCCUCCCCUCACUUAGCUUGCAAACAAGGCUUCUCUGAAAUCA